AUGAUCAGCUUUACUGCUUCAGCUGACUGUCCCAGCAUGGGAAACAAGGUCAUGGAUCAGGUCGGCAGCUGUUUGGGUGUCAGCGGAAGGGGGCUAUUUAAAUAAUAAACAGUCAGACUUGAUUUAUUUCCUGUGGCAGGUAGUAUGGCAGUAGGUUAAGAGCAAGGAGUUCAAUAUGUUUAGUACAGACCUGGUGCUUCGUUGUGAUAUGGGCUGAAUUGCAGUAUUUCUCAUUGAUGAACUCACUUUCCUCUUACCGGAGUUGAUGUUUUGGUCCAUUCUAAAGAUUGUGUAGCCGUCCAGCUCCACUGCAGAGACGGUUUCCUGUUCCGUAAGCCAGGUCUCAGACAGAUCAGGCAGGAUUGUCGGUACUCGGAAAGGUAUUGGGUACAAGGCUGUAGCUCGUCGGCUUGGGCGGUAUACUGUUUACCGGGGUAUUUGGAAAUAGCCACAGGAUGGUUUUUCAAUACCGUUUUAAACUAUGUUUUUGAAGUUUUUCAAUCAAUAUUCAUAUUUACUUUUUAAGUAAAUACCUGCAGUCAACUUGUGCAAUACGUUAGGAGGUAAAGCAGAUUGCGUUCUUCAUUUCACCUGUCACAUUAUUUUACAUUAUGAAACUUAUCGUAGUUCCCCAGAACAGUUGAGCCAGUCAAGUGUUUGUUUGUAAAUAGCAGAAGAAAGCGGGAGCAGGUGAGUCCAGCUGUGUAUUGACAAUAUUUGCGUUUUAUAUUGAAAGUCAAAUGUUUUUUUUGCUUCAAUAGAGUUAUCAGGGACGUGCAACUAUAGUUUUCCUUCACAGAAAAUACAUUAGUGCAACACAUUCGGCAGAAAAUAGCUUCAUUGUCAUGAGAUGACAACAGAAGUGCAACACUAUUUGGCUGGCGGCCACACAAGUAAAUGAGCUUACAAUGAAAAAGCAAGGUAUUUCUUUGCAAAAAACGAUGCAUGGCCACCAUAUUUCUAAUGUUAUCAUAGAAAGAUUGUAACCAGUGACAGUUCCUAAUGUUUUGCUUUAAGUUAAUCUUGUGUUUUACCUGAGAAAAUUAGGCUGGCUACACCAAGAAAAGUACUGGAGAAAAGUAGCUACACAUCAUUCAGAGCGCUGUCUUUUGAUAGAAUGCCUGUUCGUGAAUUCUCAUCCGAGUGGAGAAGUGCAACUAAGCCUCCAAAUGAUUUUGAUGCUGAGCAGAAAUUACAAUAAGAAGCAUUUUAGAUUUACAUUGACGAAACGCUGCAAGAUAUUUCAUAUGCGUUGUAUCUUUUUUUCCUGCGUGAAAAAAUACGAAUUUUGCAUUAGGGCGACCCCUAAGUUUAACUUGCUAGUUAUCUAAUUAAGUGGCGGAAUAAUGAAGUCACGGGGGAUCAUAUUGUGUUCGCUUUCUGCUGUGUUUGAGAAGUAAAAGCCCUUUGGAUGGGUUAUCUGUACAGCUGCCGCUGCUGCCUGAUUUCCUUGCAUUUUUUCUCCUAUCCGUUCUGCCCCAUCUGCUCCUCCCUUAUCUUCUCCAAGCAGAGCAGGCAGCCCCGCGACCCCCAGACUCCACACAGACACAGUGUGUACACAGUACUGUUCUUCCUUCAGACAAGCAUAUAUCAAAACUUUGUUGAUUUGCACAAUGUUUCUCGUUCACAUUCGCUUGUAAAUGUCAAAAUUCACCAAAAAUGACAUUCGGUAGCGCCUACCUAUGUAUAACUUUAUGAGCUGGAUUGCCUGUCUUUGCAAUUUAGUUUAUUUUCGUUUGCUCUCGUUAGCAUAUUUAGCUAGCAGCAUCCAUGGAAAUUUGCUAUUACUUGUACUAAUUUUGUUAGCAUUCUGGUAAUAGAAGGCCAAUUGACUUUUUUGGGGUGCUUUUUGGCACCCCCUUGUGUACUAAACCAGUAAUACCGUAAAUUCUGGUGUGAGGAUAUGAAAAUCUGGAUACCGCCCAACACUACUCGUCAGUCUUAUUCUUUAUGAUUUGUGCAUUGCCUUGCACAAUAGAUGGAAGACGUUUUCUGAAGGGCUGUUUUUUAAUCCGAUUCCGAAUUCCUCCUCUACUGCCACUCUUCUUUUCUUUAGAUGCCUUUUCUUGGGAACAUGUUGAUUGUAUUGAUUGUAAUAUUCCAUUGUAGCCUAAGCUUGCAGCAAAGGGUCGGAGAUUAAGCAGGACGUCUCUUGUGUAUGAUAUCCGCGGUUGCGGCUCGCUAUAUCUAUUGAUGGUUAGGUCUACAGCUUGUUUGGUGCAUUUCACAUUUAUUUAUUUUUUACAACUAACAGCAAAAGUACUGCUAUUUGCCUCAUUAUUAGCUAUCUGAUUUCAUACCAAACUUGGUUGAUUGAGGUGGAUCGCAACUUUAAACAAACAAACAAGCACGAAAACGACGAGCACAAAUGACCGUGUCACUGCAAGAGGUCCUCUGUAGCUCAGCUGGUAGAGCACGGCGCUUGUAACGCCAAGGUAGUGGGUUCGAUCCCCGGGACCACCCAUACACAAAAAAAUGUAUGCACGCAUGACUGUAAGUCGCUUUGGAUAAAAGCGUCUGCUAAAUGGCUUAUUAUUAUUAAGAGCAGCCCCCAUACAUAAUAUAAUGUUUUAUAAACAUGGAAGGAUCUUACAGAUUGCAUUCGCUCACUGUUUUGCUGCUCCCAAACUUGAUCUUUUAAUAAAGCUUUGGUAAUUCAUAUUUAUUUAAAGCAGUCUCACGAACCAAAUCCUUUAUUGAUAGUCUGCUAUUUGGGAAUGCAUUGGGCAUGACAAAAAAAACAGGCUUCGCUGAAAUGAAAAACAAGCAAUCUGUGUUAUUGUUAAGACCUGCUUUUGGUUGGUCUUAAAACUUUAGCGCUGCAUGAAAUUGUCACUUUUGUGCAUGUUUUUAAGGACACACCUCAAAUAUUGCCACCCCUCCCACCUCAGCACAAGCGGGCUGAUGUGAGACAGGUAAACCUGGCAUUAGGGAUGGAAAAUGCCAGUGCCAGUGGUUUUACAUGACGAAAUUGUCCUCGAUGUUCAAUUUCACACACAGCUUGGAUACAACCAUGAUUACAGAUACAGAUUUCAGGUACAGAUCUACUAUGUUAUAAUAUCUGACAGUACAGUAGGGUCAGCAUUUCUCACGAGGCAGUGGACUGUGUUAAACAUAAUGACAUCCAGGUUUUUACGGGUCUAUGAAAUGGGUAUGUUUAAAUGAGAUGUUCAUGUUAGGGGGACGUGUGUAUUUGUGCUUCUUGUUUAUUAAUUGUACUUCUUUCCCCUUAGACUACCAACACCAAUGCAAUGUUGCUCCUCAGACACUGCCGAGGCCUAACCAGAGUAGGCCUUCUCAAGACUCAAAGGUAAAGUAUUUAAAAAAACACUACUGUCACCUGUCACACAGGUAGUCAUAAAAUAAGCUGCAUUUGUUACCUUUGAGCAUAAAGGUAAUGUCAAAGUUAUAAAAAAUAUAUCACUAAAGGCAUGGCCAUUCUGGCAGACCUGGCAUUUGCCUUGUCUCCUUAUUGCUAUAGUCCACUUUAAUGGCCUGUUUGGCCUGUUAAUGUCUUGCCUAGUCAAAGGUCUGAGUCAGUCAGAACAGCCACUAAAAGAUCUUACAUGUCUCCAAAAAACAAGCAGGUUAUACACCAGCCACCCAGGGCUGUCAGCCAGCAAAGUGCAACGCAAGGCCACUAUGUCUUGACUGACUUAAAGGAAUAAUUUUCAUUACAGCUAACUGCGUCCGAAAUGUUGCUCUAUUCCCUAGCUAUGUGCAUUCAGAAAGUAUUCAGACCCCUUGACUUUUUCCACAUUUUGUUACGUUAUAGCCUUAUUCUAAAAUUGAUUAAAUAGUUUUUUUCCCUCAUCGGUCUACACACAAUACCCCAUAAUGACAAAGCAAAAAAACGUUUUUUAUAAAUUUUAGCAAAUGUAUAAUUUUUUUAAUCACAUUUACAUAAGUCUUCAGACCCUUUACUCAGUACUUUGUUGAAGCACCUUUGGCAGCGAUUACAGCCUCGAGUCCUCUUGGGUAUGACGCUAAAAGCUUGGCACACCAAUAUUUGAGGAGUUUCUCCCAUUCUUCUCUGCAGAUCCUCUCAAGCUCUGUCAGGUUGUAUGGGGAGCAUCGCUGCACAGCUAUUUUUAGGUCUCUCCAGAGAUGUUCGAUCGGGUUCAAGUCCUGGCUCUGGCUGGCCACUCAAGGACAUUCAGAGACUUGUCCUGAAGCCACUCCUGCGUUGUCUUGGCUGUGUGCUUAGGGUCGUUGUCCUGUUGGAAGGUGAACCUUCGCCCCAGUCUGAGGACCUGAGCGCUCUGGAGCAGGUUUUCAUCAAGGAUCUCUCUGUACUUUGCUACGUUCAUUUUUCCCUUGAUCCUGACUAGUCUCCCAGUCCCUGCCGCUGAAAAACAUCCCGACAGCAUGAUGCUGCCACCACCAUGCUUCACCGUAGGGAUGGUGCCAGGUUUCCUCCAGAUGUGACGCUUAGCAUUCAGGCCAAAGAGUUCAAUCUUGGUUUCAUCAGACCAGAGAAUCUUGUUUCUCAUAGUCUGAGAGUCCAAACUUCUUCCAUUAUAGAAUGAUGGAGGCCGCUGUGUUCUUGGGGACCUUCAAUGCUGCAGAAAGUUUUUGGUACCCUUCCCCAGAUCUGUGCCUCGACACCAUCCUGUCUCUGAGCUCUAAGGACAAGUCCUUCGACCUCAUGGCUUGGCUUUUGCUCUGACAUGCACUGUCAACUCUGGGACCUUUUAUAGACAGGUGUGUGCCUUUCCAAAUCAUGUCCAAUCUAUUGAAUUUACCACAGGUGGACUCCAAUCAAGUUGUAGAAACAUCUCAAGGAUGAUCAAUGGAAACAGGAUGCACCUGAGCUCAAUUUCGAGUCUCAUAGCAAAGGGUCUGAAACUUACAGUUGAAGUCGGAAGUUUACAUACACCUUAGCCAAAUACAUUUAAAAUCAGUUUUUCCACAAUUCCUGACAUUUAAUCCUAGUAAAAAUUCCCUGUCUUAGGUCAGUUAGGAUCACCACUUUAUUUUAAGAAUGUGAAAUGUCAGAAUAAUAGUAGUGAGAAUGAUUUAUUUCAGCUUUUAUUUAUUUCAUCGCAUUCAAAGUGGGUCAGAAGUUUACAUACACUCAAUUAGUAUUUGGUAGCAUUGCCUUUAAAUUGUUUCACUUGGGUCAAACGUUUCGGGUAGCCUUCCACAAGCUUCCCACAAUAAAUUGGGUGAAUUUUGGCCCAUUCCACCUGACAGAGCUGGUGUAACUGAGUCAGGUUUGUAGGCCUCCUUGCUCGCAAACGCUUUUUCAGUUCUGCCCACAAAUGUUCUAUAGGAUUGAGGUGAGGGCUUUGUGAUGGCCACUCCAAUACCUUGACUUUGUUGUCCUUAAGCCAUUUUGCCACAACUUUGGAGGUAUGCUUGGGGUCAUUGUCCAUUUGGAAGACCCAUUUGCGACCAAACUUUAACUUCCUGACUGAUGUCUUGAGAUGUUGCUUCAAUAUAUCCACAUAAUUUUCCUUCCUCAUGAUGCCAUCUAUUUUGUGAAGUGCACCAGUCCAUCCUGCAGCAAAGCACCCCCAAAGCAUGAUGCUGCCACCCCCGUGCUUCACGGUUGGGAUGGUGUUCUUCGGCUUGCAAGCAGUUUUGGAGCAGUGGCUUCUUCCUUGCUGAGCGGCCUUUCAGGUUAUGUCGAUAUUGGACUCGUUUUACUGUGGAUAUAUUUACUUUGUACCUGUUUCCUCCAGCAUCUUCACAAGGUCCUUUGAAGUUGUUCUGGGAUUGAUUUGCACUUUUCUCACCAAAGUACGUUAAUCUCUAGGAGACAGAACGCGUCUCCUUCCUGAGCAGUAUGAUGGCUGCGUGGUCCCAUGGUGUUUAUACUUGCGUACUAUUGUUUGUACAGAUGAAAGUGGUACCUUCAGGCAUUUGGAAAUUGCUCCCAAGGAUGAACCAGACUUGUGGAGGUAAAAAUUGUUUUCUUCUGAGGUCUUGGCUGAUUUCUUUUGAUUUUCCCAUGAUGUCAAGCAAAGAGGCACUGAGUUUGAAGGUAGGCCUUGAAAUACAUCCACAGGUACACCUACAAUUGACUCAAAUGAUGUCAAUUAGCCUAUCAGAAGCUUCUAAAGCCAUGACAUCAUUUUCUGGAAUUUUCCAAGCUGUUUAAAGGCACAGUCAACUUAGUGUAUGUAAACUUCUGACCCACUGUAAUUGUGAUACAGUGAAUUAUAAGUGAAAUAAUCUGUCUGUAAACAAUUGUUGGAAAAAUUACUUGUCAUGCACAAAGUAGAUGUCCUAACCGACUUGCCAAAACUAUAGUUUGUUAACAAGACAUUUGUGGAGUGGUUGAAAAAACAGGUUUUAAUGACUCUAACCUAAGUGUAUGUAAACAUCUGACUUCAACUGUAUGUAAAUAAGGUAUUUCUAUAAUUCUGUAUUUUUUUUUGUGCUAAAAAUUCUAGAAACCUGUUUUUGCUUUGUCAUUAUGGGGUAUUGUAUGUAGAUUGAUGAGGGGGAAAAAACGAUUUAAUCAAUUUUAGAAUAAGGCUGUAACGUGACAUUGUGGAAAAAGUCAAGGGGUCUGAAUACUUUCCGAAUGCACUGUACAUAGUGCACUACUUUUGACCAGGACCCAAAGUAAAAAGUGAUCAAAAGUAGUGCACUAAAUAGGUAUGCGGCCCUAGUGUCAGCUGCUGGGUUAAUGAUUUCCAAGCAGGAGCAGAGAUAAUCAAUUACCUCCUUAUCAAACAAGCUUCUGAAAUACAGAUUUGUCUCUCCCCCUUUAUUUGUUUAGUCUUAUUGCCUUGUUGAAAUGAACUGUAAUCAGUUUGCCUGACCUCUAACAUUUUUAAGGAGUGGAGUCUCCUAGGAGAGGCCUUUGUCUGGGUUAUCAGGUGAAAUCUGGACCAUAGAAACCAUUUUAACAUUUUCACAAGUCAAUUAAGUCUAAUGGGCCCAAACCUUUUCAUGAAUAGAAAAAGCUUUUGUCAGUUGCAUAGUUACUGCCUACCAUAACUUCUCUUUUGUAUGGACAUGGGUGUAACUAACUGUAACAUGAAUGCAUUCAGUACAUGAGUAAACUGCUAGGUGUGUCUCAAAUGACUCCCUAUAUAGUGCACUUAUUUUGGCCAGAGCCCAGAGCCAUUUGGGACACACCCCCAGUGUUUGUCUGAUUGUGACACUGGUCUGUGUGUCUCCUACAGGGUGCAGUUGUUGCAGGGUGCGGUCCCUCCUGUGGCAGUGUGUGCGGGCAGCCUCUGUGCACGCUGGGGCAGCAGUCAUGGGGGGCAGGAGUCAGGGCAGUACCAGCGCAGCCAUGGCCCCAACUGGAGACACGCCCUGGCAGGGCUGCUGGCUGGGACAGGGGCUGUACUGGCCUAUGGCCUCCACCACAGCCAGGUGAGAGGGACAGUCUACAUGCUAAGAGCUGGUGUGAUGGAAGUUGUGGUGCAUUUAUGCUAUGAUACUGUUAGAGAAAUGUAUCCUACAAUAUGGGCAUUUAACAACAUUUAUAGUUUUUCAAGGUGUUAUUUUGUUCAAUACAAUUCAUUUUGUUACAUGUUUUGUAGCAUGAAUAAUGUCAAAAAUUAACCAUUUGUUUUUGACAUUAAUCAUGCUACAAAACAUGUAACAAAACGUUGUUUCUACUCUUUUUUUCCCUGUAGCUGAUAUUUGGCUGUUAUUUGUCUUGUCUCCAGACUGAGCAGGCAGCCACCACUAUAGUCCAGCCCAUAGCCCCAGCCUCCUCUCUGCCCAUCUACACCCAGGACGAGGUCACCAAGCACCGCUCCGUUGAGGAGGGCGUCUGGGUCACCUACAAGGGCAGCGUCUAUGACAUCACAGAGUUUGUGUCCAUGCACCCUGGCGGUGAUAAGAUCCUGCUAGCAGCAGGUGGGGCUCUGGAGCCCUUCUGGGCGCUGUACGCCGUUCACAGGCAAGACCAUGUGCUGGAGAUCCUGUCAGAGUAUAAGGUGGGCGAGCUGUGUGGUUUAGUUAUCUGGUCUGUGCAAGUGUAAAUAAUUAUAAUGUUGCUACGACAGCAUAUAUUCCCAUAACCAAUUCUUAUUAUGAAACCUUUGUUGCAAUUGACUAUGUUUUUAUUAUCUAAACAACAUAACAGUGAAAUAUAUAUAUAUAUAUAUAUAUAUAUAUAUAUAUAUAUAUAUAUAUAUAUAUACAGUACCAGUCAAAAGUAACUACUCAUUCCAGGGUUUUUCUUUAUUUUUUACUAUUUUCUACAUUGUAGAAUAAUAGUGAAGACAUCAAAACUAUGAAAUAACACAAAUGAAAUCAUGAAGUAACCAAAAAAGUGUUAAACAAAUCAAAAUAUAUUUUAUAUUUGAGAUUCUUCAAAGUAGCCACCCUUUGCGUUGAUGACAGCUUUGCACACUCUUGGCAUUCUCUCAACCAGCUUCACCUGGAAUGCUUUUCCAACAGUCUUGAAGGAGUUCUCACAUAUGCUGAGCACUUGUUGACUGCUUUUCCUUCACUCUGCGGUCCAACUCACCCCAAACCAUCUCAAUUGGGUUGAGGUUGGGUGAUUAUGGAGGCCAGGUCAUCUGAUGCAGCACUCCAUCACUCUCCUUCUUGGUCAAAUAGCCCUUACACAGCCUGGAGGUGUGUUGGGUCAUUGUCCUGUUGAAAAACAAAUGAUAGUCCCACUAAGUGCAAACCAGAUGGGAUGGCGUAUCGCUGCAGAAUGCUGUGGUAGCCAUGCUGGUUAAGUGUGCCUUCAAUUCUAAAUAAAUCACAGACAGUGUCACCAGCAAAGCACCAUCACACCAUCUCCUCAAUGCUUCAUGGUGGGAACCACACAUGCGGAGAUCAUCCGUUCACCUACUCUGCGUCUCAUAAAGACACGGCGGUUGGAACCAAAAAUCUCAAAUUUGGACUCAAGGACAGAUUUCCACCAGGUCUAAUGUCCAUUGCUCGUGUUUCUUGGCCCAAGCAAGUCUCUUCUUCUUAUUGGUGUCCUUUAGUAGUGGUUUCUUUGCAGCAAUUCGACCAUGAAGGCCUGAUUCACACAGUCUCCUCUGAACAGUUGAUGUUGAGAUGUGUCUGUUACUUGAAUUCUGUGAAGCAUUUAUUUGGGCUGCAAUUUCUGAGGCUGGUAACUCUAAUGAACUUAUCCUCUGCAGCAGAGGUAACUCUGGGUCUUCCUUUCCUGUGGCUGUCCUCAUGAGAGCCAGUUUCAUCAUAGUGCUUGAUGUUUUUUGCGACUGCACUUGAAGAAACUUUAAAAGUUCUUGAAAUUUUCCGUAUUGACUGACCUUCAUGUCUUAAAGUAAUGAUGGACUGUCAUUUCUCUUUGCUUAUUUGAGGUGUUCUUGCCAUAAUAUGGACUUGGUCUUUUACCAAAUAGGGCUAUCUUCUGUAUACCCCCCCCUACCUUGUCACAACACAACUGAUUGGCUCAAACGCAUUAAGAAGGAAAGAAAUUCCACAAAUUAGAAGGCACACCUGUUACUUGAAAUGCAUUCCAGAUGACUACCUCAUGAAGCUGGUUGAGAGAAUGCCAAGUAUGCAAAGCUGUCAUCAAGGCAAAGGGUGGCUAUUUGAAGAAGCUCAAAUAUAAAAUAUAUUUGGAUUUGUUUAACACUUUUUUGGUUACUACAUGAUUCCAUAUGAGUUAUUUCAUAGUUUUGAUGUCUUCACUAUUAUUCUACAAUGUAGAAAAUAGUAAAAAAUAAAGAAAAACCCUUGAAUGAGUAGGUGUGUCCAAACUUUUGACUGGUACUGUGUAUAUAUAUACAGUGCCUUCGGAAAGUAUUCAGACCCCUUGACUUUUUCCACAUUUUGUUACGUUACAGCCUUAUUCUAAAAUGAAUUAAAUAAAAACAAUUCCUCAGCAAUCUACACCCAAUACCCCAUAAUGACGAAGCGAAAACAAGUCAAGGGGUGUGAAUACUUUCCAAAGGCACUGUAUUUAUAUUUAUUUAUAAAUAAAAAAAAAUUAAGGUGGGUGAGCUGAGUGCGGAGGACUGGCGGAAGCAGCAAAGCGUGAAAUCCACGGAUCCCUACUCCACCGACCCGGAGCGGCACCCUGCCCUGCGCAUCAACAGCCUCAAGCCCUUCAAUGCCGAGCCCCCGCCCGAGAUCCUCUCCGACAACUACAUCACCCCCUCAGCCAUCUUCUUUAAGAGGAACCACCUGCCCGUGCCACAAGUGGACCCGAAAUCCUACCGGCUGCAGGUGGAGGGUCUGCCUGGGGGAGCACCUCUGAGCCUCUCUCUGGAGGAGCUGAAGACACGCUUCCCCAAACACACAGUCACGGCCACGCUGCAGUGUGCUGGCAAUCGCCGCUCGGAGAUGAACAAAGUCAAACAGGUGAAGGGGCUCAACUGGGGCAUUGCUGCGAUAAGUAAUGCUACGUGGAGCGGCGCCAGGCUGAAGGAUGUGCUGCUGGCAGCUGGCUAUAGGCCAGAGGUGGCCCGGCAGACAUGCCACGUUCAAUUUGAAGGACUGGACAGUGACGUGACCGGCACCACCUACGGGGCAUCUAUCCCGCUCAACAAGGCGGUCAGUGAAGAGGGUGACGUGCUGUUGGCGUACCAGAUGAACGGAGAAGACCUACCUGCUGACCAUGGCUAUCCCGUACGGGUGGUGGUGCCGGGAACGGUGGGCGCCCGCAAUGUCAAGUGGCUGGGAAGGAUCAUAGUGAGUGAGGAGGAGAGCAGCAGCCACUGGCAGCAGAAUGACUACAAGGGCUUCUCCCCCGCCACUGACUGGGACACGGUGGACUUCAAGUCGGCCCCAGCCAUCCAGGAGCUGCCCAUCCAGUCGGCCAUCACCCAGCCAGCGGAGGGAGCCGUGGUGGAACGCAGCGCAGAGGAGGUGACGGUGAAGGGCUACGCCUGGAGCGGGGGCGGACGGGAGGUUGUGCGUGUCGAUGUGUCUCUGGACGGGGGGCGGACCUGGCAGGUGGCGCAGCUACAGAGCAGUGAGAAGGGGCAGGUCCCGGCCCCCUCGCCCCCACCCGGCAGAGCCUGGGCCUGGAAGCUGUGGGAGCUGACAGCCCCGCUGCCCCCCGCGGCCCAGGAGCUGGAGAUUGUGUGCAAGGCGGUGGACAACAGCUACAACAUGCAGCCAGACUCAGUGGCGCCUAUCUGGAACCUGAGGGGAGUGCUGAGUAACGCCUGGCACAGGGUGAAAGUCACAGUCAAGGAGGAUGAGGAAAAGGAGGAAGAGUAGAAACUGUUGUGAUCUAGGGGGUUGUGUUCAAGUCUUAAAGAGUGUAGAGGGAAACGGAUGAUGAUGUUUUAACCUGGCCCUCUCCAGACAGACGACGUCAAACCCACUCAAGCUCAGUGGGGGAACUGACCGUACCACAGGUGCUGUGUGUGUGUGAUGCCCUGACACUAAAGACCCCUCUGUUGUCUUGUUGCACAGCAAAACAGAUAAUUCUGUUCAGUGGAGAUGGAAAAAUGUAAAUAGGCAUUCAUCUGUGCGUAGCCAAUGUUGAGCGCUUAAAGAACAUUAUGUGGCCAGUUGGGUUAAAAAGAAUCCCAAACGCACCACAAAACAAGAUAACAGUAACAAAUCUGUUGGUGUCAACAGUUGCUCAAGGACAAGCAAAAAACGCCUUGCCAGUGCAGUCCUUUUCAUAUCCUGAAAUCUAUUCACUAACCUCUUUGGCUUUGAUGACAAGCUUGCUUCCAUUUCAUGAUUUUAUAUGGGUGUCAUUUGCUGGAUCCAGAGAAUAUUCUAAUUCUUUGAUUUGCAUUGUCUUAACUCAUAUUGAUUAUAGCAAUUGAUAAAUUGUCUAUCAUAUUACUAAUUAUUCAUUGUGUAAGAUCAAAAGCACUUAGAUCUUGUAAGUUUCAGCUAGUGUUAGCUGCUGCAUUAAGCAAGGUACUACAUUGUUUAGAUUUUCACAAAAUAAAGUUCUCAGUUAUAUUUUUGAGAUAAAUUGUUUUGCACACAAUGUAUGCAUUUAAAUGAAUCAGCGAUGCUACUUUUGAAAUGUAUUUUUUCCCACUGUCAAGUGUGAUAAAACAUAUUUUCA